GCGAAAUCAUAAACCACAACGAACUCUCUGCCACCGUUUUUGACCGUAGAUUAACAUCGGUUCCACAUAACCCGAAAACACGAUAAAACAAUCUGCUGCUACUCAGCUCAGUCUAUUCAUUGAUCUGUAGAUAUCGUUGGAGCUUCUCUUUAGUCUCUCGAUCAAAGAAAUGUCGUCGAGCAGGAAAUUUACUCUGAAAAGCUCAGACGGAGAGGCUUUUGAGGUAGACGAAGCUGUAGCGCUUGAAUCGCAGACUAUAAGACACAUGAUCGAAGAAGAUUGCGCUGAUAACGCUAUUCCUUUGCCUAACGUCACAAGCAAGAUUCUUUCUAAGGUGAUCGAGUACUGCAAAAAGCACGUUGAGACUCCUAAAUCGGACGAUCGCCCUUCUUCCGCUGAUGAUGAUCUUAAAUCUUGGGAUGCUGAGUUCGUCAAAGUUGAUCAGGCCACUCUCUUUGAUCUCAUCCUGGCUGCCAAUUACUUGAACAUCAAGAACUUGCUGGACCUAACUUGUCAGACAGUGGCUGAUAUGAUCAAGGGCAAGACUCCAGAAGAGAUCCGUAAGACAUUCAACAUCAAGAAUGACUUUACACCAGAGGAAGAGGAGGAGGUUCGGAGAGAGAACCAGUGGGCUUUUGAGUAGAAGGAAAGGGGUUUAAUCUAUUUCUAUAAUUGCCUUUUUCUGUUGGACGUGGAUUGAUGUUAAGGUUUUAAUGUUUUGCAAACAAUUGUCAUUUUGUUUCCUUGUCUUGUGUCAUUCUGUAAUAGUUUCAAUGUGUUGAUAUGGUAUUUGUUGUUCCUUUAUGAUAUCUUUGUGUUUUAGAUUGCCUAA